UCAAAGUUUGUGUUGUCAAGAUGGCUGGCCAUGAUCAUCAUCAUGACUAUCUGUCUCUGUGCUUAUGCGACUUAAUCAGAUUACUAUGGUCCAUGGUGCUGCCAUGCGUGUAUCUGAGCUUGGUGCUGACGCUGCUCCUGUUUUUACUCGUCAUGGGGGUCCGAAUAUGGCUGCAGAGGAGUCGGAAAGCCCGCCUGGCUCAGGAUAGCACCCCAACUGUGGCCUUCUUCCACCCUUACUGCAAUGCAGGAGGGGGCGGGGAGCGGGUGCUCUGGUGUGCCCUCAGAGCGCUUCAGAAUCGAUACCCAAACGUUUCAUUCGUUGUGUAUACCGGUGACCAAGGGGUGACAGGGGAGCAGAUCCUCGAGGGCGCCCGACAACGCUUCAACAUCAGGCUGCCUCAUCAAGUGACUUUCAUAUUCCUGAAGAACCGUCUCCUGGUGGAGGCUAGCUCCUACCCCCACUUCACCCUGCUGGGGCAGAGCAUGGGCUCCAUGUUCCUGGGCUGGGAGGCCCUCACUGCCUUCGUACCAGACCUCUAUAUGGACUCCAUGGGCUAUGCCUUCACUCUGCCUAUCUUCCGCUACCUGGGGGGCUGCAGGGUGGGCAGCUAUGUGCACUACCCCACCGUCAGUACUGACAUGCUGUCUAUGGUGAGAGAGAGAAACCCAAGGUUCAACAAUGCAGACUACGUCUCUGCUAACCCUCUCCUAAGUACAGCCAAGGUGAUGUACUACUGUGCCUUCGCUCUGAUCUACGGCCUAGCUGGCUCCUGCAGCGACGUCGUCAUGGUCAACUCUACCUGGACACUGGGCCACAUCCUGGCCCUGUGGCGCACCCCCAGCCGCACCGGCGUGGUCUACCCGCCCUGUGACGUCCGCUCCUUCCUCAACAUCCCAUUGGAGGAUGAGGUGGAAGGGGAGGGGCUCGAUGACAGGAAGUGCCAUUCGAUAGUGUCCGUGGGGCAGUUCCGACCAGAGAAAGACCACCAGCUGCAGAUUAGGGCCUUCCGGAAGCUUCUGGACAGGAAAGGGGUGGGUCCAGGAGGGCGGGAGUCUCUGAGGCUGGUGUUGAUUGGUGGCUGCCGUAACCAGGAGGAUGAUGAUAGAGUGCUGAUGCUGAGGGGGUUGUGCCAGGAGCUGGGUGUGACAGAAAGGGUGGAGUUUAAACUUAACGUUCCCUUUGACGAGCUAAAGAGGGAGCUGGUGGACGCCACCAUUGGUCUGCACACCAUGUGGAAUGAGCAUUUUGGCAUAGGUGUGGUAGAAUGUAUGGCUGCAGGGACAGUCAUCCUGGCUCACAAGUCCGGUGGCCCCAAGCUAGACAUUGUGGUUCCUUAUGAGGGCGGGCAGACUGGCUUCCUGGCAGACAGCGAGGACAGCUACGCCGCUGCCAUGGAGACCAUCCUGGCACUGUCACCGUCAGCAAGGCUGGAGAUCCGGCGGAAUGCUCGACGGUCUGUAGACCGUUUCUCCGACCAGGAGUUUGACGCCAGCUUCCUGUCUUCCAUGGAAUAUCUGAUGGGAAAGCUGGAAUGAUGAGAGGGAAAACCAGCCCCUCGCAGACUGAAACCCUUCACCUCUGCUGCACUCACAGGCCUGAUUGGCUGGGAAACUGAUGGUCUAUUGGAACUUUGCUGGCUUUAUUAAUAGGAAUACGUAAGGAUGCUUGUCUAACCUGCUCUGUCUUGCUAGAGUUACAGUGAAGUGACUUGUUGGACAUUCUAUUUAUAUGUUUACACUCAAAAAGGACUUGGCUCUAUAUUGGACUAUGGCUCAGAAUUGUAGAUAUUAUACAAACAAUGCUUUAUUUUGGAAAAAGGAAAUGUAUUGUUAAUUUAUGUCUGAUGAAUCUUAAAUGUAUAUAAUUUUUAUUUACUUUUGAAUGUUCCUCCAUGCAACAACAAUACCGAAACAUUUUCAACUCCCAAAUAAUUAACAUCUUGUCAAUGCUUGCUUACGUUAUACUGGCGACCUGUGGCAAGAAUAGUUAGCACUUGGUCAAAACUUUAACCUGUAGUUUAGAAAAAUGUAAGACGGUGUCUGUACUUAAAGCCAAGAAAAUAAUAUAUGCAAGUCAGUUGAUGCAAAUUAUGAUAAGGAUAGGGCACUCAAAACCUGCUUUGUCUUUCAUAGAAAAGCAUCCAUUUACUAGGUCAAGGUCUUGUCAUGGUCCCACUUAAUUCUCACAGUAAAGAAUAACAUGAACACUA